AUGAUCUGCUCGACUUUUCAGAUUUCCGCACAUCUGCUGGCGAGACCUCUUCCAAAUCACCGACUCCUACACCCAGCGAUUUCCGCCCAGAGGACAAAUCCAAGGAGAGAGCAGAAUCGAAACGCGCAGCGCGCAUAUAGAGAGCGGAAAGAAAAGUACAUCAAGAAUCUGCUCAAGCACAUCGAGGAGAUGAACAAGAACCACGUUCGGCUCUCCGACUCGUACGAGUCGCUACGACAAGAAGCGCUGCGCCUGCAGGAGCAGGUGCAGGAUCUCAAAGGCCAGCUGGAAUUCUGGAGCAAGGCUCAGGUGGUGGUGGUGAAGUUUCCCGAAGAAGCGUUGGCAGGGGGGGCACCCGUCAACGGUCUGAUGGCAGGCCCACAAAAUGUAAAUCAGUCGAUCGACCCACUGUUGGGUUCGGAUAUUGCAUAUCCGACUAUCUGA